GCCGCCGCCGCCGCCGCCGCCGCCGCGAGCGCGGCUUUCUCCCGAGCGGUGCUCCGAGCUCUCCCCGCACCAGGGGCGAGCCUGGCUGCUGAGGCGGAGGGGGAUGACGGACCCUUUGAGGAGGACGCUGUCCAGGCUCCGGGGGAGGCGGGGUCCUCGCGCCGCCGGGGGGCCCGGGCGCCGGGCGGCCGCAGCAGCCACCGUGGCGGCCUCUUCGGCUGCCGAGGGAGACGCCGGUGGUGCUCCGGACGGGUCCCUACGGGAGCGCGCCAGCGGAGCCCGGCCGAGCCUGGAGCGACCGCCGCCGUCGCCUCAGGCGUGGGGUCCUGAGGCGCGGGUCCCGGGAGGGCGGCCGGAGAGGUCGGGGGCGCUGGGGCCUCGGCCGCGCAGCGGGAAGGAGGCUGCACCCCCGGGCCGCGGGCUCACUCGCGCCUCUCUGCACGCUCCGCCGGGCUCCGAGGGCAGCGGAGAGGACGAGGAGGACGACGCCGACUACUACGAGAACCUGCCCGGCGGCUCCCAGCCCGCGCCGGAGCCUGAGGGGGCGGAGGCGGAGCGGUGGCCCCCGCCUCCCCCGGCCGCUGGCUCCUCCCCAGGGGCGGAGGGCGGCCGUCUGGAGACAGGCAGGCUGCAGACCCAGUUGCGAGAGGCCUAUUAUCUGCUGAUCCAGGCCAUGCACGACCUGCCCCCUGACUCGGGCAGGCGGCAGGGCGACCGGGGCAGGGCGGAUUGCGGCUGCCCUGCGGGAGCCCGGGCUCCGGGCCAGCCGCCUUCCCCCUGCGGCGCGGCGGCCCGCCGAGCCUGCCCCCGAGACUGCGAGCGGGGAGGCGGCGGCCGCACUUGGCAGCAGGUGUCCCCGCCCCGGUCGCCUCCGAAGGAGUCGGGGGGAGGCCGCCUGCGGACUCCUCGGAUGCUGCUGUCCUGCAGCAGAAGCCUCGACAGCCUCCGCGUGGGUGCCAAGCGGCCUCCCUUACAGCGGUGGCGGAGCGACAGCUGGAUCAGGUGCGGCGCGCGCGGGGAACCGGACGAGCCCCCGCCACGUGGAGGCGGGAUGGACGGCUGGAGCGGAGGCAGUUCCCGAGCCGCGGCGCCCUCGGGCCUCCGGACUCGCAGCUCCGAGGACCCCCGCCGCUCCUCAGGAAGCCGCGGCAAAGAAGACGGCCAGGAGGGGCUCCCCUUCCUCAAACCACCCGCGGUGACAGUCAAGAAGCUGCAGAAGUGGAUGUACAAAGGACGCCUGCUGUCCCUGGGAAUGAAGGGUCGCGCUCGUAGGACACCCCCCGAAGUCACCCGAGCGCAGGCAACGUCUCCAAAUCUGGGCGCUUUGAAAAUGCGGGAAAGCCAAGUCGUCUCGGUGCCACCAGACCAAAGAAUUACGCUGACAGACUUAUUUGAAAAUGUCUAUGAGUCUUCAAUGAAGAGAAGAGAACUUGAAGAUCUGAAGGAUAAUAUUGGCUUCAGGGGUCAUAAGCCACUUAAUAGCAUCACUGUGUCAAAGAAACGCAAUUGGCUAUAUCAGAGUACUCUGAGAUCUUUUAAUUUGGAAGAAGAAAAUAAGAAAUGCCAAGAUAUAAGUCAUUUAUCCAUCUCACCCGUUUCUCUACCUAAACUGCAGCUGUCACGACCUUUCCUCAAAUCAUCUGAAGAAUAUUGUACAUAUAUGGUGUGUAAUGCUACAAAUUCUUCAUUAUCAAGAAACUGUUCAUUAGACUUUAAUGAGGAAAAUGAUGCAGAUGAUGAAGGAGAAAUAUGGUACAACCCCAUUCCUGAAGAUGAUGACUUUGGUAUAUCAAAUGCCUUGAGUUUUGGGGAGGCAGACUCUGCUGUUCUGAAGUUUCCUGAUGUCGGUUUGAGAGUAUUAUCUGGUAGUGACCUAAUGAAAGGAGAGCAGCACACUGAAGACUUGCUGUGCUCUUCUGAACACACAGGCGAUGUUCAGACCACACAGUCAAAUGAAAUAAAUCCUAUAGAUUCCACCUAUUCCACAGAGUUUGUGCAGCAGUACAAGCAAAGGCAUGGACACAAGACACAAGAAGGUAUAAUAGUAGAGGAGAGUCCCAUGUUGAGAUCUCCUUUUGCAGGUCCUGGGAUAGUAGCUGCUACAAAUAAGCCUGAUUUGGGAGUUACAGAACCAUCUUCUACAAGCCCUAGCCCUGUGAAAAAAGGCAGUUCAAUUCAUUGGUCUUUCCCGGAUAAAAUAAAAUCUCCACGAACUGUGAGGAAACUUUCCAUGAAAAUGAAAAGGUUGCCAGAAUUUAGCCGGAAACUGAGUGUUAAAGGAAGCUUGAAUUAUGGAAACAGUCCAGAUAAUACUCCUUCCUUGUCUAAAUGUAACUGUCAAGAAAUUCAUCAUGCUGUUAUUCUACCUUCUGGGAACACAACCACAGCUGCUAAGAGGAAUGUUAUAAGCCGGUACCAUCUUGAUACUAGUGUGUCUUCUCAGCACAGCUACCAGAAGAAAACCUCUGUGAGUUCUAAGUAUUCCUGCAAAAGUGGUUACCUCAGUGAUGGAGAUUCUCCUGAACUUAUAGCUAAAUCUAGCAAACAUGGAUGUGAAAACAAAUUUGCAAAAGGAAAAGAAAUAAUUCCAAAUAGUUGCAGCAAGAAUGAAAUAGACAUUGAUGCUUUUAGACAUUAUAGCUUUUCUGAUCAACCUAAGUGUUCUCAGUACAUAUCUGGGCUCAUGAGUGUGCAUUUCUAUGGUGCUGAGGAUUUAAAACCACCUCGGAUAGAUUCAAAAGAUGUCUUUUGUGCAAUUCAGGUAGAUUCAGUAAACAAAGCCAGAACAGCUUUGCUCACAUGUCGGACAACGUUUUUAGACAUGGAUCACACUUUCAACAUAGAAAUUGAAAAUGCACAGCAUUUGAAAUUAGUAGUAUUCAGUUGGGAACCCACUCCAAGAAAAAAUCGAGUGUGUUGUCAUGGAACUGUUGUUCUUCCCACCUUAUUCAGAGUGACAAAGACACAUCAGUUGGCUGUCAAACUUGAACCUAGAGGUCUUAUUUAUGUGAAAGUGACUCUUUUGGAACAGUGGGAGAAUUCACUUCAUGGACUAGAUAUAAAUCGAGAACCAGUAAUAUUUGGUGUUGAUAUUCGAGAAGUUGUAGAGAAAGAAAAUAUAGGCUUGAUGGUACCACUCCUGAUUCAGAAAUGUAUUAUGGAAAUUGAAAAGAGAGGCUGUCAGGUAGUUGGCCUGUACCGAUUAUGUGGCUCGGCAGCAGUCAAGAAAGAACUUCGAGAGGCUUUUGAGAAGGAUAGCAAAGCUGUUGGUCUGUGUGAAAGCCAAUACCCAGAUAUAAAUGUAAUAACAGGUGUUCUUAAGGAUUAUUUAAGAGAACUUCCUUCUCCUCUGAUAACAAAGCAGCUUUAUGAGGCUGUAUUAGAUGCAAUGGCAAAAAAUCCUUUGAAAAUGUCAUCAAAUGGUUGUGAGAAUGAUCCAAGUGAUUCUAAGUACACUGUUGACCUGCUGGAUUGUCUGCCUGAUGUUGAGAAGGCAACCCUAAUGAUGUUGUUGGAUCAUUUGAAAUUGGUGGCUUCUUAUCGUGACGUGAAUAAGAUGACUUGCCAGAAUUUGGCUGUGUGCUUUGGACCCGUAUUAUUAAGUCAGAGGCAAGAGACUUCCACCCAUAACAACAGAGUCUUCACUGAUUCAGAAGAACUUGCAAGUGCUUUGGAUUUUAAAAAACAUAUUGAAGUUCUUCAUUACUUACUUCAACUCUGGCCAGUGCAACGUUUAACUAUCAAAGAAUCAGCAAACAAUUUGUUCCCAGAGCACAAGUCUUCUCUAAAUUAUUUGAGGCGGAAGAAAGAACGACCUUACCUGUUAAAUUUGAGUGGUACUGAUUCAUCAAGAGUACUUAGGCCAAGGCAAACCAGGUUAGACAGUCCACUAAGUAAUCGUUAUGCAGGAGACUGGAGCAGCUGUGGAGAAAACUACUUUUUAAAUAUGAAAGAAAAUUUAAAUGAUGUGGAUUAUGACGAUGUGCCUUCAGAAGACAGAGAAAAUGGAGAAAACUGUAGCAAAAUGUAUGAAUCAGAUAUCAUGAUUGAACAGCCAACUCCCACAUCCAAAGAGUGCGCAUUUCAGACAUAUUUGACAAUGCAGGCUAUUGAGUCUAGGGACCGAAAAGUCAAUCUCAAAGAUCUACAAGAAAGUAUUGAUACUUUGAUUGGAAAUCUGGAGCGUGAACUCAACAAAAACAAGCUUAAUAUGAGUGUUUGAGGUUGAGAGUUUUUUUUUUUUAAUAAUGUCUUAAGUUUCACAUCAAUCUUUGUCACUUUCUUGUAUCUCUCACAGUGAUGUUUUAAUUUUUUACUCUUGAAAGCUUCAGUUACUUUCUAACAGGUUCAUGUGAUUCAAUUAAAAACACCAUUCAUUAACAUAAUUUUUACUUAUUUCAUUAGAAAAUUUUUCUUGAGGUAAAAAGAUAACCUGGACUUCUUAUGGAUAUUUGUUUAAAUCUUGCCAAUUCUGUGGAUAUAACCUUAAAAUGCACUUCUAAGAUUCACAUAAGUUAUUAGCCCCUCAAGAUUUUUGUACUUUAUAGGAACUGCUUUUCUGAAACAGAUGUUCCUUCUAGAAGAAUGCUGUGGCUGCUUAAUCUGAUUUGCAGUAUGAGUCCGUGCACACUGCAACAUCAUUCAAUCACAUUUCAUUUGCAAUGCAAAUGCUGCUAUAAGAAAACCUUUUUAUAAAUAAAAGUAAAAUUAUACAAAUAGUAAUGUAUUCUGUAUUAACAUUCAGUAAUUAUUUAAACAUAAAAUUAAAUAUUUUUAUAAUCCCGAAAAUAUGUAUAUAUUUAUAAGUGCAUAUAUAUAUAGGUAUUAGAAUGAGGGGAGGGAUUGGCUGCAGAAUCACAUGUAUCUUUAAAAUAUAUGUCAUGAGGCCAAAAUCGUUAGCUUAAAAAUGUCCUUUUCAGGGAAAGAACAUUUAAGUUAAAGGAGGAGUCGCAUAGAAACUCUUGAACCAAAACACUAGAAACAUCUAAAUAUAGAAAAAAUAGACUUUCCUUUUGUGAUUCAUAGAAAGUCACAAUAUCCCCAGUGAGAAGUCAUCCUUUAAAUUGAAAUUUUCUAACUUUUUAAGGGAUUAAGUUUUGAGAUUUCUGCACUGGUGACUUAAAUUUAAAAUUCUUCACCUAAUCUAUGUGUUUUUAUCUACUGCUUUUUAAAACAAAUUAAUUAUACUUAGAACAUAUUUAUUUGUAAUAGUACAUAUAUAACUUUGACUUUAUAAUUACCUUCAUUUGUUUCUAAAGAAAUCUUGCCAGCAUACUACAUGUUAUUGAUUUUUAAAAAUUAACUUAUUUUGGCUAAUUAUAUCUUCAAGAUAGUCAUUAUAGCAAUCACAACAGUGUUUGAAAAUGUAAAUUUAGAAGUUUUUUUAUUAAAUCGGAAUGUAUUUUUUUAAACUUUUAUACCUACAGAAUGUGUAAUUUAAAAUUAUUAAUAAAAUUUGAGUUAUCAACUUAAAGAUGUAGCAGCCAUUAAAAAAACUGAUUCCUUGAUGUUUUUCUAAAUAUUAAAGUAUUUAACUAUUUCUAUGCAAUAUACAUUGAUAAGUGGAACACCUUGUUAUUUAAUUUGAAAAUUUACUUGUUAAAAAACCAGAUAAAUAACUAUUUUUAUAUGAAAUUUUCAUUUUUAAAGCUUUGUAUAACAAUUCAGAAGAAUCCCAAAAGAAUAUGUGACAGAUAUAUAUAUAUUGAGUAAACAGUCAGUAGAAAUGUACCUAAAUAUUUUGUAAGAAGACUGUCUCAGUCUUCUUCCUUUUGUUUGCUAUAUCACAUAUAUUGUAUGAAUUACUCAGUUGUUCCAGAAAUGUAAAAGCUUUAUUAAAAUAUAUAACCUUGGUGUCAUGCUAUUAAUUAUUAUAAUGAUUUUUAAGGGUCAUUUAUUUUAAAGUCAUUCUUUUAAAGCGAACAUGUUAAAGUAUUGGACCAUCAUAUAUUAUCCAUAAAUAUAUGUAAUAACUUUUUUUUGUCCAAAAUUGAGUUUUCCAGAAUCUGCAGUACUUUAAGGGCCACACUUAUUUUGUUACGUUAUUUUGAAUGGGAAUAGUUUUA